AUGAGGCAAGUACCCUCACUUAAAGAAAACGCUGUUUAUUUUGAAAUAUGUCUAGGUACCAGUCCUUAUAACUGGAAUACCGCGGCCACUACAGUAACAACUUUAAGCCCAGUGCAAACUCCAUGUGGUUUGGCUUUUGAUAGUAGUAAUCGACUAUAUAUAGCAGACGGUGAAAGUAGUGUAAUACGGCGAGUUGAUCUAAGUUCGGGCAGUGUAACUGAUGUCGCAGGUGCCGCUUCCAAUGCUGGACCUGGUAGUACAGCAACGGCAUUGGAUAGUCCAGCAGAUAUCUAUAUUGAUUCAAGUGGUAAUAUAUAUGUACUAGAUACGAAUAAUCAUCGUGUUCAGAAAUUCUCAAGCGGCGCAACUGCGGGAGCUUCUGGUACAACUAUUGCUGGUACAGGUGAGGGCGGCACUAAUCUUAAUCAAUUAAAUUAUCCAUCUGGUUUCGCAUUCGAUUCAACCGCAACUAAUAUGUAUAUCACAGAUACGAUAAAUCAUCGUAUUGUGCAAUAUUCAACAAGUUCUACAAGUGGCACAAAUGGAGUACUUGUAGCGGGUACGGGACAACUUGGUAAUAGUUUAGACACACUGAAUUUUCCUAUAGGCAUCGCUUAUGACACAUCAUCUGGUUAUUUAUACAUUGUAAAUUCCGGUACAUACACAAUAAUGAAAUGGUUUCCUGGUGCUAGUAGUGGUACAGUUGCCAUAGGUACUAUAGGAACGGCCGCCAAGACGUCGGCAUUGUUGAUGUCGCCAAGUAUAGUCAAAGUAGAUACAAAUGGCAACAUAUAUGUUGUUGAUAAUAAUCGUGUAAUGGUGUUUUGUCAAAAUAAUCCGACCGGAAUAGAGAUUGCUGGUACUACAGAUGUAGCUGGUAAUGCUGCUAACGAAUUAAACACCCCAUCAGGUCUUGCCUUUGAUUCAUCAAUGAAUAUAUAUGUGGCUGAUACAAGUAAUGAUCGCAUCCAAAAAUUUGCCCGCUCUUAA